CAACACCAAAAUCGAUCCUUAAACAACAAUACGAAAGAGAAGUUAGACGUAUUGGACUCAACAUUAAGAUUGUCGAACAAUCAGGUGUAACCCUCAAACGACAGUUACAACGGUCAAACCCUUUCAAAGAAAAACUGUGUCAAAGACAAGAAUGUCUGAUCUGUCAGAGUGGGGGAAAAGGAGAAUGUAAUGCAACAGUCACCUACGAAUUAGUUUGCCAAGAGUGUAAAGAUAAAUAUAUAGGAGAAACUUCAAGAAGUGCAUAUAGCCGUGUUAAAGAACAAUGA